AGUUACUUUAAUUAUAUACACACUACAAUCAAACGAACAAGAUUACUUAAGGAAAUAAACAACACAACACAAAAACAAUACAAUUCAUAGAAAAAGUUACAAUAAAUAAGUAUACCAAAAAUGCCAAGAAACAAUAAUAUCAGUCGUACAAAGGAAGAGAAAGCGAAAAACGGCAUAAAGAAAUCUCUAGCCUUUCUGGCUAAGAUGUCGAAAAAAGAUCCUUCGUCGUUAACCUCAAAAGAAAAGCACCUUAUCAGAAGGCACAGACAGGACGUCUCAAAAUUUGAAAGAAUUUACGGCCCUGUCUGUUUAAUUCUAGGAAGGUCUUAUCUUGGUGAACAGAAUGAGACUGCUGUUAGCUUGACAAAUACUAUUAUUAGUAAAGGGUCGGCUACUUCAUCUACAAAUUGUUCAAUGGGCAAUGGUGGUAUUCCUAAUGCCGAAGAGCUCAGGUCUUCGGAAAGAGCUGCUGGAAGUUAUGAGCCAACACUUAGUGAAGAAACCAACGAAUUUAAAAUUACACGUAUGGUGGAGAAAGUUACAGAAAAACAUUUAGCAAAGAAGGCAAAAAAAGGCGAGAACAUAGAUAAACACCUUCAGGCGGCUAUCGUCAAUCGGAAUAACCGUAAUGGGAAGUUUAAUAACGAUAUAUGGCAGAUAGUUGAGAGUAAGCUCCUGGAUGAAAUCGCCAAUUUCAAUGGUAGCUCGGAGGAUGUAUCCUUCAACGGCGCAGACUGGUAUAAAGGCAUUAAAAUUGUAAAUUGUGGUAACAAAAAUUCCUUAGAUUUCUUAAAAACCACAAUUGACAAACUUAACCAGCUUAACCCACACUUGAAUCUGGAUGUAAUACACGCCUCAGAACUACCACUUAGAUCAAUCGUAACGGUAUGGAUUCCACCACCCAUAUUAACGGUGGAGACUAUAUUGAAUGUAUUGGCUAAACAGAACACUAAACUUUUAACACACCAAUGGAGGUUUGUUACCUCACUGGCGUGUAAAGAGAACUCCGGAAGGGACUUUAGAUUCGCUGUGGAUCAGAAAUCUCUAGAAUAUUUGGAGGAGGUGUCUGGUGUUGCUAAUUUCGGUCUUGGUACUGUCAAAUUCCGUGUUCCGAAACGUAAGAAUAAGGAAGCCUCUGGUGGUGCAGAAAAAUCUACGCCAAUAUGAAGCUUCUUAGUCAGAAUUGGCAUUAUUUCUCAUUGAUUAGCAAUAUUGAUGGCUUAGACAUACAUAUUUAUAUUAAGCGAAUUAAAGAACGAGCCUUCUGUUUCAAACAAAGGUCUAACUUUAUUUCUUCAGCAAUUUUUCCAAGUAUAUCAUAUCGUACAGGUUUAACUCCAAAUGCAAUAUUAUCUACCUUCCAAAGCUCUUCAUACUUUUUAUAUUGUUCGAUAAAUAGUGGUAAAAAUUGU